GGCAGCAACAGAUGCCGAUUGCAUCAAACGGCAUGGAAACAAACCGUAGAAGAGCCCAACUCCAACAAAAACCCCAAAUCUCAUCUUUUUGAUCCAAAAACCUUAAAACAAAGCAAAAGUUGCAUCUAGGAUAAGAAUUUCAUGGCAAAUUUUGAUGCCAAAUCUCUCCUCAAAGACAAGAAGUUCUGGUUUGCUUCUUUCCUCAUUGCUUGGGCUGCUGCUCUCCAGGGGCAUAUGAUGUGGAUGCAAAGGCAGGACUCUUUCAGGCAAAAAUUUGGUACACUAAACCAAUCCAAUGAUGAUGAACAAGAAAACUUGUCCCAAAGUUGAGCCUGUUUCUUUUAAUCAAGAAUCAACAAAACGGGGUUUUUUUUUUUCUUUUAAUUAGAGAGAACAUGAAGUUCAAGAAGAUAUGGUGGGCAUAUUCAAAUCUGUAUGUAAAGUAGCAAUUUCGUUUUCUACAUGUCAUACCACUUGAACUGUGAAAUUUGAAUAUCUGAAUUUCGCAAAUGAUUUUGCCCGAUUUCUAUGAAUUGAUUGGCAUGUUUGUAAGUGCUGCUUUGUUUAUGUUACUAGGGGAGCAAUGUAGGAUUUUUAGAUGCGAAUGUUUAUAUGAUGCGGUAAUGAAGAUUCUCCAGUUAGAACUUGGAAUAGGAACAUGUGUAUUUGUUUGUAAAGAGUAUGUGCGAUAAUCUGAAAUAAGAUUGAUUAGUACAUGUGUAAUGGAUUGUUGGUUGCAGGUGUGUUUGUA